UGAGGCAUUAAUUUCUAUUUGAAUAGUGAAUGCGAGUGACGCACUAAAAGUUCAAACUAAACAGAUUACGACUGUUGUUCGCGGUUCUUAGAAAUUUGCAAAAAGAAAUUAUAAUAAUUGCGAAAUUCUCUACGCUUUUAUAAUUAUUCAAAACGCACACGUGUGGUAAAGAGAGCAAUAAGUAAAAGAGCCAAAUAAGUAAUAAAAAGAGCGCAUCAUUCUGCUGACUAUAGCCGUUGUUGCUAUUGUUGUUGCCUCCGAACUGUGCGUUGCCGGCCGGCCGGGGAGUACAAAGUACACGUCACAAGCGCGCUGUGGAAACGGAAUUCGGUGAGCACACAACAUCACGAGAUACGUAACGUAUGCGCACUCGCCAAAAGCAUAAAAGCACAAACAAAAAAUUUGAAAACCGAUUAGUGAUUCACGGUUCGCUUUAGCGGCAAGUUGUUGGCUGGUGAUUCGCGUUGGUUGCCAUGGGCUAUGACGAAGUCAUUACGAAGUUGGGCGACUUUGGCCCCUAUCAGAAAAUCAUCUAUCUGCUAAUCUGCUUGACGUCCAUACCUGUGGCAUUUCACAAGCUUGCCGGCGUUUUUCUGCUGGGUAAGCCGGACUUUCGUUGCGAGUUGCCAUUCGAAGCGCGCAAUAGCAGCAGCAGCCACUAUGAGCUGGAUCCGCAGCUGCUGAGCGCAGCCUUUGCUGCCCAUGAACCCUGUACCUACUACAACUACGACUACAGCAAUGAGACGGGCUUCAGACGUGCCGAGAAUGCAACAGCUCAAACCUGCAGCAGCUAUGUCUACGAUCAGUCCAAGAUCUUAAAUAGCGCCGUUACGGAAUUCGAUUUGGUGUGUGGCCGGCAGGUGCUGGCGGCUACAAGCGAUUCCAUGUUCAUGGUCGGCGUGCUGCUGGGCAGCUUUGUCUUUGGCCAGCUGAGCGACAAGUACGGACGCAAGCCCAUCUUCUUUGCCUCGCUGGUGAUACAAGUGAUCUUUGGUGUUGUCGCUGGCGUCGCACCGGACUACUUUAGCUAUACGCUGGCGCGUCUGAUAGUGGGCGCCACCACUUCCGGUGUGUUUCUGGUUGCCUAUGUCAUUGCAAUGGAAAUGGUGGGUCCUGCCAAGCGCCUGUAUGCCGGCAUCUUCGUCAUGAUGUUCUUCUCGCUGGGCUAUAUGUUGACCGCAGCCUUUGCCUACUUUAUACACGACUGGCGCUGGCUGCAGAUCGCGUUGACGCUGCCUGGACUCUUCUUCAUGUGCUACUAUCGCAUUAUACCCGAAUCUGUGCGCUGGCUGUUGUCCAAGGGACGUCAGGAGCGCGCCAUUGAAAUUAUACAAAACGCUGCGCGCUUUAAUCGCGUGGAGAUCACGGAUGAGGCGCUGCGUGAUCUGCUGGACGAGGGCGUCAGCUGCAAGCAGGAUCCAAAGCUGCAGCAGCAAGCGGUUGAAAAUAAGCCCGCAUCGGUUUGGGAUCUGCUGCACUAUCCGAAUCUGCGCCGCAAGACGCUGGUCAUCUUCUACGAUUGGUUGGCCUGCACUGGCGUCUACUAUGGCAUCUCUUGGAGCACUAAGAAUCUAGCUGGCGAUGUGCUUACCAAUUUCGUCAUCUCCGGCGCUGUUGAGAUACCCGCCUACAUUUUCCUGCUGCUCACGCUCAAUAGAUGGGGUCGUCGCUUCAUCCUCUGCAGCUGCAUGUUGCUCUGCGGCGUCACCUUGCUGUUGACCAGCAUUGUGCCCGAGCACAUGUCCUGGCUAAUCCUAACGCUCGUCAUGGUGGGCAAGCUGGCCAUUACUGGCUCCUACGGCACCGUUUAUCUCUUCUCCAGCGAACAGUUUCCCACUGUUGUGCGCAAUGUGGGCAUGGGCGCCGCCUCGAUGGUCUCGCGUCUAACGGGCAUACUGACGCCCUAUAUAAACAGCUUGCACACCUAUUGGACGCCACUUCCGCUGGUCAUCUAUGGGGUACUGGCUCUUACGGCUGGUUUACUCUCGCUGCUGCUGCCGGAAACGCACAACAAGCCCACGCUGGAGACCAUUGCCGAUGGCGAGAGCUUCGGCAAGAAGCAACGUGGCGAUGCUGGCUUGGAGGCUGGCGGCAAGGAGCUGCAGCCGCUGAACGAUGUAAAGGCCAAUGGCAAGGGCCACAAGUUCUAAAUAUUAUAAUUUUAACUAUUGCUUUCUUGGCCCUUCGAAUGCCCCUGAAUGCGGCAAAUAGUUACUUAAUUUAGUUUAAACUAUUUAGAAAAUUUUUCAUUUACUUAGUUCCACGUAAACAAAAAGACAAAGUAUUAUAUUUCUCUGAAAUCUCAUAUACAUGCCAAAAAAAAAAACACAACAAUUAACAAAAAAAAAUGACAACAGCACAUUGCUUCAUUGAUGGCAUUUAGCUUAACACAGUGGCGUAGCCUAAGGGGGGCGUAAGUCGUUGCAUUGUGAUCCUUGGCGCUCUCUCCCUUAAACUCAAACAUUCGGCUAGACUUUAGUUGUAACCCCCCCUAACAACUAAAACACUGUAUUAAUUUUACAUACUAUAUUUUUUACUAUUUGUGCGCAAUCUUUACGAAUUUGUGUUAGUAUAAUUGUGUCUGUUUCAAAAAACAGUCUGAACUUGUGUACUUGUGCUUAUCUCUAUGUACUGACAAAAACUAUUUGCCAAAGUAAAUAAAUUUUGAAACCUUUUUGCACUUAACUGCCGUU